ACGCAGCGAUGAUGAAGGGAUUAUUGGCCAGCGUUUCAUUUUCCCGAGUGGCUUGUUAAGUGCACCUUCAUGGUGAUUAAUAAGAGCUGGUGCACGCUGGCUGGGUUUAGAGAAUUCAGCUACGAGGGCCCGGGUGGGACAUUCAGAUCGAUGCCGUGGGAUGACGUCAAAGUGAGCGGCAGCAUGCCCGGCGCGCCCUCGGGGGCCACGCCCGCCCUGCUCGCGAUGGUCGUUGUCCUCAAGCUGGUGUCCUGUCAGGACGCUUCCGUAGUAGCAGAGACGGGAAUGGCGCAGGACGGGGGGAGAGAGGGUCCGACGGCGGCUCCCACCACGGGACACGGCGACGACAACUCUUUGGGCUACACAGGAUCGCGUCUACGGCAAGAAGACACGCCACCCCGCAUCGUGGAGCAUCCAUCCGACCUAAUCGUAUCCAAAGGCGAGCCGGCCACCCUCAACUGUAAGGCGGAGGGCCGGCCCUUGCCCACCGUGGAGUGGUACAAGGACGGCGAGCGGGUGGAAACGGAUCGGGACGACCCGCGCUCGCACCGCAUGCUGCUGCCCAGCGGCUCGCUCUUCUUCCUGCGCAUCGUGCACGGGCGGCGGAGCAAGCCGGACGAAGGCUCCUAUGUCUGCGUUGCCCGUAACUACCUUGGAGAGGCGGUGAGCCACAACGCCUCGCUGGAAGUAGCCAUCCUGCGCGACGACUUCAGACAGAACCCCGCCGACGUGAUCGUGGCAGCCGGAGAGCCAGCGGUCCUGGAGUGCCAACCGCCCCGCGGUCACCCGGAACCCACCAUCUCUUGGAAAAAAGACGGCCUGAACAUCGACGACCGGGAUGAAAGAGUCACGAUACGCGGCGGGAAGCUGAUGAUCACCAACUCGAGGAAAAGCGACGCCGGGAAGUACGUCUGCGUAGGGACCAACAUGGUCGGCGAAAGGGAGAGCGAAAUCGCCGAACUCACCGUCUUGGAGCGACCCAGCUUCGUGCGUCGACCCGGCAGCCAGGUUGUGCUGGUGGACCAAAGCGUGGAGUUCCGGUGCGAGGCGCGUGGCGACCCGGUCCCCACGGUGCGCUGGCGGAAGGACGACGGCGACCUGCCCAAAGCGAGGUACGAGAUCCGGGAGGACCACACCCUGAAUAUCCGCCGUCUGACCUCGGCGGACGUCGGCUCCUACACAUGCGUGGCAGAGAACAUGGUGGGCAAGGCGGAAGCGUCUGCCAGCCUCACCGUUCACGCACCGCCGGCGUUUGCGGUGAGACCGAGGAACCAAGUGGUGGGCGUCGGCAGGACCGUCACCUUCCAGUGCGAGGCCACAGGGAACCCUCCACCAGCCAUUUUUUGGCAACGGGAAGGAAGUCAGAACCUGAUGUUCUCCUCCCAACCGCCCCAACCGUCCAGCCGCUUCUCCGUAUCCCAGACGGGAGACCUGACCAUCACGGGCGCCGAGCGUUCCGACGUGGGCUACUACAGCUGCCAGGCCAUCAACAUCGCCGGAAGCGUCAUCACCAAGGCGCUGCUGGAGGUCACCGACGUAGUGUCAGACCGCCCGCCCCCGGUCAUCCGGCAAGGCCCGACCAAUCAGACAGUGGCGGUGGACGGAACGGUGGUCCUCAGUUGCAUGGCGUCGGGCAAUCCGACCAUCCUGUGGAGAAAGGACGGCGUGCUGGUAUCCACCCACGACUCGCGGGUCAAGCAGUUGGACACGGGCGCUCUGCAGAUACGCUACGCCAAGCUGAGCGACUCGGGGUACUACACCUGCAUCGCCUCCACUCCCGGCGGCGAGGCCUCGUGGAAAGCUCAUCUGCAAGUCCAAGAGUUUGGAGUCCCUGUCCAGCCGAACAGACCCACCGACCCCAACUUGAUCCCGAGCGCCCCCUCCAAACCCGAAGUCACGGACGUCACCCGCACUUCGGUCACGCUCUCCUGGAAGCCCAACCUGAACGCCGGGGCCACACCCACCUCCUACGUCAUCGAAGCCUUCAGCCAUGCGUCGGGCAGCAGCUGGCAGACGCUAGCAGAGCACGUGAAGACCGAGUCCUUUGUACUGAGGGCCUUGAAGCCCAGCGCCGUCUACCUCUUCCUGGUGAGGGCUGCCAACGCCUACGGACUCAGCGACCCCAGUCCGAUCACCGAAGCUGUGAAAACGCAAGACAUCCUCCCAACCAGCCAGGGCGUGGAUCACCGGCAGAUCCAGAGGGAGCUGGGCGAGGUGGUCAUCCACCUGCACAACCCCACCAUCCUGUCCUCAUCCUCCGUCAGGGUGCAGUGGACGGUGGAGCAACAGUCCCAGUACAUCCAGGGCUACAAGGUAAUGUACAGGCCAUCACCAGAGGGGCAGCCGCGCAGUGACUGGGCCACGUUCGAAGUGCGUACGCCGGGCGAGGACAGCGCAGUGGUGCCACAGCUCCGCAAGGGCGUCACGUACGAGUUCAAAGUGCGGCCCUUCUUCAACGAAUUCCAGGGCAGCGACAGCGACGUGAAAAUCGCCAGGACCCUCGAAGAAGUGCCCAGCGCGCCUCCCCGCGAAGUUACGGUGACGGAGAGCGGCGAAAACGGAACCGCCAUCAUGGUCUCCUGGCAACCGCCGCCGGAGGAGGAGCGCAACGGGGUGGUCCAGGAGUACAAGAUUUGGUGCUUGGGGAACGAGAGCAGGUACCACAUCAACCGCACCGUGGACGCCACCACCUUUUCCGUGCUCAUCCCCAGUCUGGUUCCGGGGGUCCGCUACGGCGUGGAGGUGGCGGCCAGCACCGGGGCGGGCCCCGGGGUCAAGAGCGACAUCACCUACUUCCAACUCGACGCAUCCGGGCGGAUGACGGUGGCGGCGGACCCCCAAAACCCGCUAUCGCAGCAGAUCUCAGACGUGGUGAAGCAGCCCGCCUUCAUCGCCGGCAUCGGCACCGCCUGCUGGAUCAUCCUGCUGGUCUUCAGCAUCUGGCUGUACCGCCACAGGAAGAAGCGCAACGGGCUCUCCAGCAACUACGCCGGCAUACGCAAGGUGCCUUCUUUCACCUUCACGCCAACAGUGGCGUACCAGAGAGGUGGCGAAGGAGUGAGCAGUGCAGGAAGGCCGGGCCUCCUCAACAUGGGCGAGUCGGCCACGCAGCCCUGGCUGGCCGACACGUGGCCCAACUCGUGCUCCAACCACAACAACUGCAGCAUUAACUGCUGCGCCGCCGGCAACGGCAACAGCGACAGCAACCUGGCCACGUACAGCCGGCCCGCCGACUGCAUCGCCAAUUACAACAGCCAGAUGGACAAUAAGCAGGGCGCCCUCCUGGUGCCCGAGCCGGGGGUGUACGGCGACGUGGACCUGUCCAACAAGAUCAACGAAAUGAAGACCUUCAACAGCCCCAACCUGAAGGACGGCCGCUUCGCGGGCGCCGGCGGCCAGCCCACGCCGUACGCCACCACGCAGCUCAUCCAGUCGUCCAUCAUGAGCAACAACGACCGAGGGACGGCGGGUGGCGGAGGGGAGCUGAAUGACAAACAUGGCUGGAAGCCCUCCGGCGCCAUCCUGCAGCCCAAACAGGAAAUGCAGUACAGCAUCAUGGAGCAAAACAAGCUGAACAAGGAUCGCUACAGAGGCGGCGACGCCCCCAUGAUGCCGGCCACCAUCCCGUACAACCACAGCCACGACAGCCACACCGGGGGCUCCUACAACAGCUCAGACCGAGGCAGCAGCAGCACCUCCGGCAGCCAGGGUCACAAGAAGGGAAUGCGCACCCCCAAAGUGCCGAAACAGAGCACAAUGAAUUGGGCUGACCUCCUGCCGCCCCCGCCCCCGCCCGCCAACCCGCCCCCGUCGCGCAACGUCGAGGACUACUCCCUGUCAAUGGAAGAAAGCUGCGACCCAGACAUGCAGUGCUCCGUGCCGCCCUCUCACAUGUACCUGCAGCCCGGCGAGUUGGAGGAGAUGGAGGAGGAGGACGAGAUGGAGAGGGGGCCCACCCCUCCCGUCCGCGGCACGGCCUCCUCCCCCGCCGCCGUGUCUUACAGCCACCAGUCCACCGCCACGCUCACGCCCUCGCCGCAGGAGGAGAUGACGCCCAUGUUGCACGAGGCGCCCGACGGCCACGAGCGCAGGCGCCAUGCUGUGAGCCCCCCGCCCCUCUCACCCUCACACACGUACGGCUACAUCGCCAGCCCCCUGGAUGGCAUGGAGGAGGACGACGAAGAGGAGAUACCCGAGGAAGACGAGGAUGAGGACACAGACGCCGACGUGGCCAAGAUGCACUACCACCACACCCACCCCAACGCGCACCCCCACCACGCCCAGACGCACUCGCGCCGACUGUUGCUGCGGGGCAUCGAGCAGACGCCGGCGUCCAGCAUGGGCGACCUGGAGAGCUCCGUGACGGGCUCCAUGAUCAACGGGUGGGGCUCCGCCUCCGAGGAAGAUAAUGUCUCCUCGGGGAGGUCCAGCGCCGUCAGCUCGUCGGACGGUUCCUUCUUCACGGACGCCGAUUUUGCGCAGGCCGUCGCGGCUGCCGCGGAGUACUCGGGCCUCCGGGUGGCCAAACAUCCCGGAAUGCAAGCCCAGGAAGCUGCAGCGCUGUCGGCGCGAAAAUACCAAAUCAACCCGUCGGGGCGCCGUCCCAGCAGCCCGGUGUCCACGGACGGGAGCAUGAGUAUGGCGGCGGUGCACAGGAGGCCCCCGAAGAAGCAGAAGCAACACCCAGCCGCAGGGAACCAGAGACGUGAAGCCUACAGUGAAGAUCUUCCGCCGCCGCCCAUCCCCCCUCCGGCGGUGCUCAAGUCCCCCACGCAUCCCUCCAAGGUGGGCCUGGAGGGCCGGCCGGUGGUCUCCUCCAAAGCGGGAGAGGCGAGGGACAACAAGAGAGGGGCGGCAGGAGCGGGUGGCUACCGACCCAAAGAAAGCUCGGACCCCAGGACCAGCUCGUCGGAACGCAGGGAGGCCCAGGAGAGACAAAAAGUGCACGGGGGCAAAGGCGGCCACAGGGGGCGCCAACAAGCAGGCGCCGAGGACAUUCAGCCCUACAGCCGACCGCAGUUUCCGGUGGUCAACAGCCCGAGAGACCCGAGCUCGUCCAGCUCGGUGUCCUCCAGGGGCUCGGGGGGGCGACGGAGAGGCGACGCGGGCCACAGGAACGCCGCCGACGUGGGCCUCGGCACCCUGGCGGCUUUCCAGACAGGAAAUGAAGAGCUCGAGAUGGCGGAAAGCUGAAGAAGAUGGAUUUUUUUUGUUUUUCUUUAUUUGGGGAGAACCAAGCAACCUUGUCUCCUCUCAUAAAUAUCUCAGUAUUUCGUCCCCAAUUUCAGCUGCCGCCCGUAGCAUACGUCGUUUCUUUACAAAAAAAAAAAAUAUGCCAUCGUCAUAUUGUUUCCUUCUAAUUUAUCACGUUUAACACAAUUGGAGAGGGAAGAAAAUGGAACAAAACGGUGCGUUCAAGUGCGCCACGAGGGUAUUUAUGUUGAAUUCCAAUGCAAUAUGGAGUGAAGUCUUGGGGAGGAAAAAAAAGAAGAAGAAGAAAAAAGGGCUUUUAGAGCUACUUUUGUUUGGUGUGGUCGGAACUCGAGCGUUACUGUCAGAUGCAAGCGAGAGGGCCGAAAUUUGUGUGUGUGUAAAUAUACGUCGCAGUACGUCAUACGUGUCGUCCCAUCGUGGUACCUCAAUUUGUAUUCCCCGUUUAUUUCUUUGCUCAGUUUGUUUGUUUGCCCUUUAAAAUGCCGAUCCUAAUUUUAUGGUGCCAGUAAAUAGAAAUAUUUUAUCGUUUCCUUCCAAUUUUGUAAAUCGCAAUAUUAUUUUUAGCAACCUGAAGAGUGUGCCACUUUGGGAUGUUUUUGGGGGUUUUUUUUCUUUUCGUAAUGCACUGUUAUGUUUUGUGUCAUCGUCAGUGUUUUCUGCUUUUUGUUUUUUGUUUCCUUUCACAUUGGUUUUAAAAGCACAAUCAGUAAAACUUUAUUUUAAACCAUUUUAUCUAUUAACCUUUUUGUCUUACCGGGGGCGGGGGGGGGGGGGUGGAGACACAGGUUAAGACAAAGGAGUCUAGUUAAUCAUGAUGAGGAUGAGGAUGUUCAUAAGUUUAGCUGUUUUGUUUUUUAUUUUUAUUUUUUUUGAGGGUGGGGUCGUCUCUCGCUCCAGUUCUCAAGUGACGAGAUAUUAAAGAAAAAAAAGAAAGAAAGAGAAGAAAAGGACAGUUUAUGUGAAUCACAGCUGCAGUGUAAAUAUGUUUGGCAUUGACUGUAAUAUCAGCGAUUGCACAUAAAAACUGAUGGGCGGGGGGAGAGAAAAGAAGGCUUACGUCUGUCGACUAAAUGCACUUAAAAGAAUGUUUUUUGUCACUCGGAGGCGAAAGGGUGGGGCGGGAUCUUGAAGGGAAGGAAGGAAGGAAUUUCCACGGCGGACACGACGGAGGCGAGCGAGGACCCACCGACCGUGCGUCUUUUGAAAGGGAGCGAAAGGGUACUGUUGUUUAUUCAUAGGACAUCUUCCAAUGUUUGUUUCGUAACGCAAAAAUAAAAUUGAAAAAAAAAAAAAAAACAGAGAAAACAGCUGCA